CGGCGACCCAGACAUCUGGGACUGUUGUUGUUCUCUCGCCUCACGCCCGCCUCAGUCAGCUCGAGCUUGAGAUCCGGAGCUGCUCGACUGGGAGGCUGAGCGGCAGUCUCCGCCCUCUCUCCCGGUUCGCUGAAGCUGCGGCAGGAGCCGGUGCUGACUGAACGCCUCCCGGUGGGUCUCCGAUGCCCUUCGGCAAGGAGGGGGCGUCUGGACCCUGGUGAGCGUGCCCAGAGCUCCCCCGACUCGGUGUCUUCACCCGCCCCUCGGGCCGGCACACCCGCGUGUCUGCCAUGGCUGAGAACGCAGAUGGUGACCUGAACUCGAACCUGCUCCACGCCCCCUACCUCACCGGGGACCCCCAGCUAGACACGGCCAUCGAGCAGUGGCUGCGCUGGGACAAGAAUCCCAAAACAAAAGAGCAAAUUGAAAAUCUCUUGCGGAAUGGGAUGAACAAAGAAUUGCGUGAUCGACUUUGUUGCCGAAUGACUUUUGGGACUGCAGGACUUCGGUCUGCCAUGGGGGCAGGGUUUUGCUACAUUAAUGACCUUACAGUAAUACAGUCAACACAGGGGAUGUACAAAUACCUGGAGAGGUGUUUUUCAGACUUCAAGCAGCGAGGCUUUGUUGUUGGGUAUGACACUCGGGGUCAAGUAACCAGCAGCUGCAGCAGCCAGAGGCUUGCUAAACUCACUGCUGCAGUGUUGCUUGCUAAAGAUGUUCCUGUUUACCUUUUUUCAAGAUACGUUCCUACACCUUUCGUACCAUAUGCAGUCCAGGAGCUCAAAGCAGUUGCAGGUGUGAUGAUUACUGCAUCUCACAACCGCAAAGAGGACAAUGGAUACAAGGUUUAUUGGGAAACUGGUGCUCAAAUUACAUCUCCACAUGAUAAAGAAAUUCUGAAAUGUAUAGAAGAGUGUGUGGAACCCUGGAAUGGUUCCUGGAAUGAUAAUUUAGUAGACACCAGCCCACUGAAGAAAGAUCCUCUCCAGGACAUUUGUAAGAGAUACAUGGAAGAUCUGAAAAAGAUCUGUUUUCACAGGGACUUAAAUGCAAACACCACCUUGAAGUUUGUACAUACCUCCUUCCACGGAGUUGGACACGAUUAUGUGCAGUUGGCUUUUCAAGUGUUUGGUUUUAAGCCUCCAAUUCCUGUCCCAGAACAGAAAGAUCCAGAUCCAGACUUUUCUACUGUUAAAUGCCCAAACCCUGAAGAAGGAGAAUCUGUGCUGGAACUAUCCCUGAGACUGGCAGAGAAAGAAAAUGCCCGGAUAGUGCUAGCCACAGAUCCUGAUGCAGACCGGCUGGCAGUGGCAGAACUUCAGGAGAACGGUCACUGGAAAGUUUUUACAGGGAAUGAGUUGGCAGCUUUGUUUGGGUGGUGGAUGUUUGAUUGCUGGAAGAAAAACAAACCCAAUGCUGAUGUGAAGAACGUUUACAUGCUUGCCACCACUGUCUCUUCUAAAAUCUUAAAGGCCAUUGCACUUAAAGAAGGAUUUCAUUUUGAGGAAACAUUACCAGGCUUUAAAUGGAUUGGAAGUAGGAUAAAAGAUCUCCUAGGACAUGGGAAAGAAGUCCUUUUUGCAUUUGAAGAGUCUAUCGGCUUCUUGUGUGGAACCUCAGUGCUGGACAAAGACGGAGUGAGUGCGGCUGUGGUUGUUGCUGAGAUGGCCUCUUUCCUGGAAACCAGGAAGGUAACACUGACAGAGCAGCUGGCCAAAGUCUAUGGAAAAUACGGUUAUCACCUGUCAAAAACUUCCUAUUUCUUGUGUUAUGACCCACCUACCAUCAAAACUAUAUUUGAAAGGAUUCGCAAUUUUGAGUCUCCAAAGGAAUACCCAAAGUUCUGUGGGGCAUUUGCUAUCUUGCACGUACGGGACAUAACCACUGGAUAUGACAGCAGCCAGCCCAGUAAGAAAUCAGCACUGCCUGUGAGUAAAAACAGCCAGAUGAUCACAUUUACUUUUCAAAAUGGCUGUGUUGCUACUCUUCGAACAAGUGGGACAGAACCAAAGAUCAAGUACUACGCAGAGAUGUGUGCAUCACCUGGCCAGAGUGACACUGCCUUACUGGAGGAAGAAUUAAAGAAGCUCAUUGACGCUCUGAUCGAGAAUUUUCUUGAGCCCAGUAAGAAUGGACUGAUCUGGCGUUCUGUGUAGGGCACAUCAGUACGUUACGACUUUGCACUGACGUGGAAUGAAGAACUCUUCACAGUGAACCUCAUGUUGGAAUUCUCUCAUCUGCCAAGUUACCUUUCCCCUUUCCCUUCCUUAGUUCAGCCGGCUAAAUAGAUUCUAUACGUUUGAAAUGAGAGUAUUUGGAGGGCUAUGAGUCUUAAGUGACAGUCAGUGCAUUGACAGUGUUCAGUGGCACACCUUUCCUCCCAUGUCACAAACAGUACAAAAGUGAGUUCUCUUAUUAAACUGUGGCUAAGCCUAGUUACGUAUUCUGUAAUUGUGUAUAGCAUGGUUUAAAAGAAGCAUACAACUAUAGGGUUAGUUAAGGAAAUUAUUUCUUAAAGGUGUGUGUGUGUGUUGCUGGGAGUACUGUUCCUACCCAUUGUAGAAUAGUAUCAUGUCAUGAUGUAGGUAUUGAUUUUCAAGUUAGAAACCCAGCUUGGUGGCACAUUCCUGUAAUUACAGCCCUCAGGAGGCUGAGGCAGGAGGAUCAUUAGUUAGUUUAUGGCUGCACAGUAAGAUUGUCUUUAAAACAAUGUUUAUAGGUUGUUUAGGUUUCUGAUUGAGGACAGAUGUUAGGGUCUGGUUUGCACUUCUGUUCCAGGUGCCCCUGUUGCGGUGUGUAUUUAAGAGUGCCGUUUACAAAACGCAAACAGUGGCAGCAGCACUCCUAGCGGCUGGUUUUUGUCACGUUUCUCAGCGCAUUCUCAGGGUCUGCUGUGAACUACACAGUGUUCCUGCACUGGGUAGGAUUUCAUCGGUCCGUUUUCAGAUGGUUAAGGGAAGUCUUCCAAACUGGAUAGGUGCUUCCUCUGCAGAAAACAGGUUUUGUUGGCUCUAAAAAUGGUUGUAGGAAAAGAUCUUAAUCAAAUCUGGCUUGAUGUAACUGUAGUGGAGUCUUUGUGCUAGGAAUCAGUUAUCAUAGCCUAUAAGUGGAAAAAAAAAAUCUGUACUGUGGAAUGAGUGGCAUUUAUUUGACAGUCUCUUUGAAUUACAUUUUUAUAAGUAAAUUUAUUUAUUCUUUUAUCUAAUAAAGUAAUGCUAAUUUUACUAAGAAAUGAAACAUCAAGAUUUAAGUAUUUUCUACCACCUUGAUUCAGUACCCAGUCUCAUCUGAUCUCAGAAGCUAAACAAGGUUAAGCAUGGUUGAUGCUUGAGUGGGAAAUUGUAGGUAUUAUGAAACACUGAAAGUGAUGUUUAAGAAGGUCAGUUUAUUUCAGUGUGUUGCUGGCUUUGGAAUUUCUGAUAAUAUAAGUAAUAUAAAUACUCUUCAUCUUUUUCAGUAUGAAAACAGUUUUCAGAAAAGGCAUUUGUGGUUAAUUCUCUAGCCUUCUGAAAAGCCCUAAUAGAGAAAUAUUAUCUAAGCUUUUCAAAUUGUUUGUCUCCCUAUAUAGUUUACAGAAUACGUGCUGUAGUUAGGAUAACAGUAAUAAGGCCUUAGGGUGUAAUCAUUGAAACAAAGUUGCCUCUAGGAGACAGCACUGAUACUAAUUUACUUCCCAAAAAUAAUUCUAUGAAGCCUAAACUGAUUAGAAUGUUAAUGAAAUCGAGGUUUGGCUUGUUGCAGCUUUGAGUUAAUUCUGGUUGAGCUUGUAUAAUUCAAACAGUUUUCACAUUAUGUUGCCACUAUUGUUGGUUUGUUCCUGCCAUGCUCUCUUAGAGCUGGGUCCUGUAUGACUGUAGAUAAUAGCUAGUUAGUGUACAGUGCCAGUUUUCUGUAUGGGUUUAUUUUAAAGGCUUUGCAUUAGAGAAGAAGUAUAUAGAAUGUUUUGUUUUAUUCUUGAAAUGUAUAAAACGUUUUUGUUUUAUCGGCUUUUAGGAGUAUCAACUGUAAUUAAGAAAUGGCAUGUAUUCUACAAAGUGGUAUAAUCAAAGCUAUAUAUAUAUGGAAAAACAUACAUAUUCAGUUUUAGUGUCUGUGUUCCAGUGACCCAAGAACAAAGUGAAACUAAAGUGAUGUGAUAGCCUAUUCAUAAUCACAAAAGCCAUGUCAUGAUUGUCAUCUGCUUAUGAAGAGAACAUUUUUGUUUGAAUGCUUUAACAUAGACAAGAUAGAAGUCAUCUUAAAGUGAAGUUACUGACAUUUGAGCUCUUACCUUGAAAAGCUAAAUUCCAGUUAUGUAUAAAGAUUCCCAAAGUGUAUAUAGGUUGAGGAAACUGUGAUUUUGUCUAAAUUCUUGAAUCCGUCUGAGCGUGUUUAACAUGAACAUGGGUGCAUAGGUCCCUAACAGAAGAGGGUGUCAGCCAGUGGGCCUCAGCUUCGGCAGGCACCACAUUGUUCGUCUCUUUUCUAUUUUCAGCAAUAGUGUGGGAAUGAAUGUAUUUUCUCUGAGCAAAUAAAUCAAAAUAGGUAUGUUCUGGAGCAUGGAGGAAAGAUGUAGGCUGAGCCAGAGCCAAGUGGUAAUGCACUUAUCUAGCAGGAAGAUAAUGCAAAGAUGGUUGCCAGGCCUGCAGUUGAUAUCUGGAAUACAAGGGAGGCAGUGGGAAGAAGUUUCUCACUGAUGGAGAAAAGUCAAAAACUACAGUGGAAAUAACAGUAGAAACUGACCAACAAUAUGUGAAGCCAGUAAUGGCAGCCUGAAAUGCUUCUUGUGAAGCGCAAACCAAGCGCUGUUAGCGGGGGUAAACUGUAUGAGAGGCUGUUCACUUGUGUGUGUUAGGGUGAGCAGAUGGCAAGCCCACCAUUUUCCUUCAGUAGUGAUCGCUGAAAAGAAGCCCAGUUCUAGGAGGUGAGGAAAGAACAUUAUUAUGGAGUCCAUUCCUACUGAGAUGUUCUUUCAGAAUCACAUGAGAACCAGAGAAGAACAAAAUUAAAAGAAAUAAAACUAAGGGUUGUAAAGUAUAACCUCUAAGAAAAAGCUCAAGGAAUUUAGAUUGUUGAAAUCUGAAACUGAAAGCUGUUGAGCUCUCUUAACCAAAUCGUAAGUUAUUCAUUGGGGUUUUACUGAGGGUAUCAAAGUCAGAAACGCUAAUGGCAUUAUGAUGAUCUGUAAUGAAGACACCACAGGGAACAAGGACGUACAACGAAGAGACAAGACCUGUUCUAAAAACAAGAAAAGAAGACAUGGUGGAUAGAAGGGGACUAGUUGAAAAGAAGGGAGUCAGCAGGAGUAGGAGAGGGUUAAGAGAAGGGUCAUGGGGUGGCUAUAACCAUAAUACAUUUUAUCAUGUAUGUAACUGUCGGAAAUGAAUAGACAACAUGAAAUGUUUAAGAGGUAAGACUUUCUUGAGGAGAAUGAUCAUAAAACCUAUUUGAGCCGGGCGAUGGUGGCGCACGCCUUUAAUCCCAGCACUCGGGAGGCAGAGCCAGGCGGAUCGCUGAGAGUUCGAGGCCAGCCUGGGCUACCAAGUGAGCUCCAGGAAAGGCGCAAAGCUACACAGAGAAACCCUGUCUUGAAAAAACCAAAAAAAAAAAAAACCUAUUUGAAACCUUAUUUAAAGAUUCUUUCAUACACACUUUUAAGAAUCAGGUUGGAACAAGACUUAUGAAUAGAGCACUGAUGGUGACAUUUGUGUUUCACUCCAUAUCUAGAAUUUGGCUCACAAAUAGCUUGUGUAUAUUUUGAAUAGUAGGUGCAGUAGUACAGGGAUGGGUGUUCUUUUUAAUUUGCAAAGUGUAUGAGAAUUGAACACACUCGUGUUCAUCUGGAGAACGCACAGCUUUAUAAGAUAUUGAGAUCUAUUGCAAAUACAAAGUAUCAACAUUUGAAUGUAGUAACUUAAGACAGAUUCCAAGAGAUUGGAUAUUUUGUGAUGUCUGCAUAUAGCAAUUAGCCCCCCCCCAUUUCUUUAUCAAGAUGCUUCUGGAAUUGCUGCAACAGAAACAUUAAGUGGGAGUCUCCUAGAGAAGUCAGCAAAUGCUGCUACUAUGCUGUUUAUCCAGAUUUUUCCACUGAUACUUCCAAGGCGUGAAAAAUACAAAUUCCACUUGGAUACCUUUAAUUUCACACCUUUCAUGCUCUACCUCCCUAUUCCCUAGGCAUCCUUCUACCUUCUGUUACUGUGAAAUACUACUACCCUGUUACCUCACUGAUAAGAAUCUUAACUGUGUUCAUUCAGAUGGCUUUAAACUUGCCCGUGAAUUGUUUGUUUAUAGACUUGUUUUAUUGUUGUCAGAAUAUUUGAGACAUACUGUAUGAAGUAACUUGAAUGUCUUUCAGUGCUUGUUGGUUGCCUGUAGAUGGUAUGGCUGUGGCCUUUUACAAUGCAUUUGUUUUCUGAAUUUGUUCUAGAAACUGAUGAGGAAACAGUUAUACCAUCCAAAGUGGUCAAUUGGUCUAGCAUUUUAUUGGGGGCGGGGGAGUUCCCUGGCUUUGGGCAGUCAGAGCACAAAAAUUCAAGGAAAUAUUUUUUCACAUUUGUCCAAAGCAUUUUAUCAUAAGCUGAAAGAAGUCUGAAGAGAAAGCUGCGUGUGUAAUCCCAGCCCUGGAGAGACUAAGGCAGGAGAAUUGCUGUGAGUUCAAAGUUAGUUUAGGCUGCAUGGAGAGCUCCAGCCCUGCCCCCCCCCCCAAAAAAAAAACCCAGAGAGAAUGGCACAUUGUCUGACUGUUCACGAAACAUUGGUUUAGUACCAGUCAGAAACAGCUAAAUCAAUGUUGAUUAUUAUUUCUCACUAUUCAUUGGAUUAGUACACCUAAUAAGCCUAGAACCCUAAAUCAGAGGAGCGUGAAAAGGAUGGUUAAUGGGACCUCGAGAGCAAAACCCAGAGAAGCCUACCUCUGACGAUGUGAGAGUCCAUGUUCUGGUUCUGAGUCACAAGGGAAUUCUGAGUUCUCUACAGUAUAAGGAUGAACUUCACACAGGGGGCUGGGGACGUAGCUCAGUGUGGAGUGUUUACCUGACAUGCCAGAGGUCCUAGAUACAAUAUCUCCAGCACCAUAAAAAAAAAAAAGGAAAAUGUCAGGAAGGAACACAAAUUUAUCAUGUGCUCCUCAGUUCCCAGCUCCAGCCCCCCACCUGCAAUUGCUGCUUUUCCUGGAAAGACACACAAUGACCUUUUAUAGUAAAUAUACAUUCUAGGAUAUUCUCUGCCUUUCCAACCUAUACUUCCAAAGUAUUAAUGCCAGGUUAAUUGACCUGCAAUGGCUAUGUUACCCUUGAACCUUAUAAUAUUGUCUGAUGUAUUAGCCAGUUUAUUCUGUUCAACUUACUGGCACUCCUAACACACCUGUAAGCUGCCUGAGAGCAAAGAUCGUGGUUUAUUGUUUUUAUUAUCUACUCUGCUUAAUUCAGCGUCUCCUGUUAAUGCAGUAUUUAACUGGUGGUAAUAUUAAGAGGUUUUAUUUUAAAGUAAUAACAAUUUAAAAGAUAAUAAAACAACAUUUUCCAAGUCAGUUUUAAAGAUGCACAUUAUUACUGAAAUAUGCAGUAAGCAAUGUUUACCAAGCCUGCACACCUUUAAAUACUUAGUGUCUUAGAUAGGGUUUCAGUUCUUGUGAUAAACACCGUGAGCAGAAGCAGCUGGGAAGAAAAUGGUUUAUUUCAUCUCAGAGCUUAGAUGGCCAUCAGUGAGGGAAGUCAGGGCAGGUGCUUGGCUGGAACUGAAGGAGAGGCCAUGGAAGGGUGCUGCUUACUGGCUUGCUCUCAGGGCUUGCCUGCCUUGUGAUAACAUCCAGGACACCAGCCCAGGGGGUCCCACAUCAGUCAUCGAGAAAAUGCCUUGCAGGCCAAUCUGUGAGGGCAUUUUCUCAAUUGAGGUUCCCUCUUCUAAAAGGACUAGCUUGUGUCAAGUUGACAUAAACCUAUGCAGAGUACUCAGUUUCUUUGGGGAUUGCAAAGCAUCUUUCCACAUGAAAACUAUAUAUAAUAUAUAGUAUUUGCUCACAAAACAAGGUUUUGGCCAAGAAGGCUAAGAAUGUAUCUUACAUGGGUUGAAUGCUACUGAUCUGGAUGCCAUUUUUUGAACCCAUAACCCCACCUUUCAAGUGAGUGACAUCUGCUUUGAUACUACUUGAUGCAUUUUGUCCAAUAUUAGAACUUAUAAUGUUGUGUUAUCAGAGUCACUCAGGCAAAAAAAAAAAAAGGGAAGAGGAUAUGCAUCUAUAUAUGAUGAGACCUUGUUAUAGGCUACAGUAAGCUCUUGGUGUUGAAUAUGACAGAUAAAACAGAAUUAAGAAUGGAUUAAUUUUCUAAUAGUAGCUCAGAAUCAUGCCCUUGUUUUAACAGUUUCUGUCAAUAACCCAUCUUCCCCUGUAAAACUAACAGGGUAUAUUGUUAGCCUGUGAGAAUUUGCACUUUAUGUAUUUGUGUGUGGAUUUCUGUGGUUUUAACCAAAUGAGAUAUCCUCAGUAAUAAACAGGUCUCUUCAUAGGCA